AUGAUCACCGUUCCCCAAGGUGAAAGAUUAGAAUGUUUCAGAAUGGAUGGAUAAUUCGUAGGGACUCUUACAUUAAAUAACACUAAACCAAACAAGUACUUAAUUAAUUAAAUCUAAGCUGUUGCGCCUUUAAAAUAAGGACAAAUAACACAUAAGAUAUUCAAGUAAUGCCCCAUAUAGGAUCUUUUACAGGGCAGUAUUUUAAAGUUGUCGUUAAAUGUCUAAACUAAUGCAAAAUUAUAGGUUUUGAUUGUGGAUUUAACUGAUUAAAAUUUCAACAAAUCCGACGUUAAGUCUCUAGCGUCUUAUUUUGAUACUUAUUCUAACAGCUCAUUUGUUUAAAAAAUUAAAAUAGAAAUAAUUACUAUCGAUCAAAAUUAAAUGACCAAAUAAUCAAAUAUCAUUAAUCAAUCAAUCUCCUUAAGUAAGAAUAUAGAAGAAAGUAUUUACCAUUAACAAGAAUUCACUUACGAGCAAAAUGCUGUUCAAAGAAAAAAUGAAUAAAUGAAAUAAUAGCAAAAUAAAAAUCCGAUAACUAAUUCUGACCCAUUUUAAAGUGUUAGUAGAGUGUCUGCUUCUGAAUAGAAAUAUCUUACAUCUACUACAUUUCAAUAAAUUAAAUAAACUCCAUCUAAGCAAUCAUCAAAUUCAUAAAAUAAUCUGCCCCUUGACUAUCUACCUCCAAAACCCUAAUCUUAUCCACAUUAACCUUAACAACCAAAAUUGCAUAAUUACUAAGCAUAAGAUUUUGAGGAGGACCCAUAAAUCUAACGAUUAAAUCUCAGAUUAAAUUAAUUAUAAAUAGAAUUAAAUAAACAAUAGGAAGAACUACAAAACAAUGAAAAAGAAAAAACCUUACUGUUAAAUUAGGAAAUGGAUUAAAAUUAAGGAUAAAUAUUUGUGAGUGUCCAGCAUAUAUUUUUUUCAGCAUUAUUUUGUUUCUUAAUAGGUUAUGUGCCACAAAUUGAUUUUUUAUUUUUUAUAAAACUAUAAAAUUCCAUUAUUUCUUCAUAAAUAUGUAACAUAUAGUUAAGAUUAAAUAUUACAUAUUCAUAAAAUAUGCAAAUAGUUUCAAGUUAAGCAACUGAUAAUAUAAAACUGAUUAAUUAAUUAAAAUUGUAUUCCAAAUAAUAAUAUUCAAUUAAGAAUAAUUUAUAAGUAAUAAAAAAAUCUUUUUAUUUCUAAUUCAAUGACAACAAUUAUAAAGAAAAAUUUCUUUAGAAAGUUAGAUCUAGAGUAUUUGAAUUAAGCUUUCAUUAUAAAUGCCUAUAUUCAUCGGAUACAAGGAUAGAUAAAAAACAUUUUAUCUGA